UGUGUUACUUAAUUAACGUUUCUACGUGUGACAAAAAUUUAAAAUAAAUGCGGCAGUAAACAUCAUAAAUAAAUCUGACAUUUAUUAUAUAUUUUAAUAAAUUAACAUUGCCAUGUACAUAAAUUAACAUUCAUUUAAAAAUAAAAUUUAUUUUAUUUUAUAUUUCAUUUUGAUUUCAUAUUUAUUAACUUUUUUUAAGAAACUUGCUGGUAUAUUAUUAGAUCAACUGAUAUUAUUGUUCUUUAGUAAAAAAAUAAAAUAAAUAAAUAAAUAAAUAUGAGUGGUGAAGAAAGACUUGUCACUGAAGUACCUAGUAGCCUUAAACAAUUAGCACGACUUGUGGUUAGAGGGUUUUAUUCUGUCGAAGACGUUCUUAUUAUUGAUAUGCUCGUGAGAAAUCCUUGUAUGAAAGAAGAUGAUAUUUGUGAACUACUAAAAUUCGAACGUAAAAUGUUACGAGCUAAAAUAUCAACUCUUAAAAAUGAUAAAUUUAUCCAAGUUAGAUUAAAAAUGGAAACUGGACAGGAUUUAAAAGCACAAAAAGUUAAUUACUAUUUUAUUAAUUAUAAGACGUUUGUAAAUGUAGUUAAAUAUAAGUUAGAUUUAAUGAGAAAAAAAUUAGAAACUGAAGAAAGAGAUGCUACUAGUAGAUCUAGUUUUAAAUGUACAAAUUGUUUAAAAACAUUCACGGAUCUCGAAGCAGAUCAACUUUUUGAUGGGACAACUGAAGAAUUUAGGUGUACAUUUUGUCGUGAAAUUGUUGAGGAAGACCAAUCAGCACUGCCGAAAAAAGACUCACGUUUAUUACUUGCCAAAUUUAACGAACAACUACAGCCUCUUUGGAUUUUAUUACACGAAGUUGAAGGAAUUAAACUUGCACCUGAAAUACUUGAGCCUGAACCAGUUGACAUCAAUACUAUCAGAGGACUUGACACAAAGAAAUCUGGAGGUCUACGAGGUCCAGGUGAACCAUGGUCAGGUGAUGCUUCAAGAGGAUCAGGAUUCGCUGUUGAGGAUACUACUGUCGGAGUGACGAUUGGUGAUGAGACUAUUGAUGACUCUGCCUCACGGAGAAAGGAACGGCCAAUUUGGAUGAUUGAGAGUACAGUAAUGAAUGAUGGAACUGAAGUUGAUGCCAGUGCUAAUCAAGACAGUAUUCUCGAUAAAGCCGCUGCUACCGCGACAACUAUUACGACAUCGACAAAUAAUAAACAGGGCGAUGAUAUCAUGUCUGUACUACUGGCUCAUGAAAAGAAAGGCAGUAACAACAGUGCUGCUAAUGCCGUUAAAAGUGUUCUUCCGCAAGAAUCUAGUGAUAGUAGUGAUAACGAAGAUGCGGGUGACAUGCAAGCUAUUGAUACUGGUGAUAUAGAAGUCAUGGAGUCUGAAGAUGAUGAUCUAGCACCAACAGUAAGUGUAGGCGGUAAAACAAUUGCUAUUACUGACGUCAAUGAUACUCUGAUAGCUGAAAUGACACCCGCUGAAAAAGAAGCAUACAUCCAAACUUAUCAAGAGCACUAUUCAGACAUGUACGAUUGAAAAUUAUCCUCGGUAAUUAAUUUUAUAUCCAAAACUGUUAAAUUAAUCAAUCAAUCAUGUGUAUUAUUUUGUAUAAAUAAAACCUUUGUUUUCUUUUUUUCGUAAUCAAAUACAGUUAUUUUAAAAGUUAAAAUUUUAAAUAUAAAUUCUACAGGUGAAUAAAAUAAAGUAAAUCUUAUUAAAAUAUUUUUAAUUAUUUAUUAUUCAACAUUUUAUUGUUCAGGACAAUCGCAACUCAACAAUAUAAGGAAAUACCAUAUUAUUGUUAAACUAAACGAUUAAUAUUCAUAAAUAUUAAUAACAAUAGUAUUAAAUAAAUAAAAUAAUUAAAUAAAGAUUGUAGUCACUUCUGGAGAAACGGGAAAAAUAUUUUUUUUUUAAACUUAAAAAUAUAAUAAUUAUUAACGAAUAAUCUUACUUUACUUUUUUUUUUUUUGUCUUAAUAACUGAGUUUCUACCCGACCACCACUAUCGAGUAGAAAC